AUGGCCGCGGACCCUGGUUCCUCGGGCAAUGGUGGGGCCCUCUACCACCUGUUCUUGACACGUAUACCACCUAAAUUGCCAAAAGAAGAAGUGGAAGCUGUUCUCUCAGCUGAGCUUGCAUCACGUCGUAUUGAAGUGCUUGGCAUCAGCGUCGUUCCUCAAUCAGCCUGGAAGAACAAGGGAUUCGGCUUUGUUGUUCUUGGUGGCUCUCCUUCACCUUCCACUCUCGAUGCUGUAGCAGCAGAGCUUGACAAUAAUGUUCGUGUGGGCGGCAAAACCAUCAGCCCAAAACCUGUUUCUCUUUGGGGCCGCGACGUGUAUGGCAGUAUCGAAAAGAUGUUGCUGGCCAUCGGCGACGGUCAUUUCGGUGGCGGAUGGUCGCUGCAAGGCACCAUCGCAGAUAGGAAUGCUAUCCUAUUUAUUGGGAACGCCCGGCACAUGCGGGGUUGGGAUGCGCUGCGCGACCCGUUGCCCAUCGCAACACUUCUGCGGCUGGCGGCAAGCAAGCAGCGGCUGGAGGGCAUCCAGGUCUCGGACUCCGGCAGCGGCCGCUCUAGCCCCACCGUCUGCCGGCAAUGCAGCGACUGCGGCAGCCUGAGCGCCAUGCCAAGUACGGAGCAACCUAGCUGCAGCCAGUCCGAGGCCUCCUGGUCUCUGCGAUCCCUCUAUACAGUCCCCGCCGCAACAGGAGACGACUCCGCCUCGGAUGGCUCCUCCAGCCUCUGCACCCCAAGCCACGACACAGAAGCCGCUGCGCAAAUGGCAACCGCGGCCUGGGCCUCCGGCAAGCCCAUGAUGGCGGGAUCCUGCGGCUGUGGAAGUACUGCUUCAACGGCGUUGGCGGCUGCUGGUACUGCAGCAUCGACAUCGGCAGUGGACCAAGCUCCGGCACCAAUGCCGGGCAAGCUCGGUCCAGCGGCAACGGCAGCGGCAGGGCCGACCACUUUGGCACAUCGCCCAGCAGCGAGUCUCCAGACCCAGCCCGGCGUGAUUUCAGGGCAAGUUUGUCCCAGCCCAAGCCCCAGCACUAGCGCUACUGCCUGCCCUAGCAGCCCAGUCACAUGCGCAUGUGUUGCGAACAAUCGCUACAGCUGCAUGAGAGGGAAGAAGAAUGGACGUUCCCCUUUGGGUCGCAAUUCCUUCUUUUCAAAUCAGCGGCACAGGACGUUGCGCUCUGUGGACAGCAGUAGCUGUAGCAUUUGCGCAUCACGCUGCGUGCUGAGGCCCCUGCAGCAACCGUAUGAGCACAAGCCGCAAAGACACCAGCAAUCGAGGCUUCUGGGUCAACAGGCACGGGGCUGCCCUUAUCAGUCCGCCUGUGCUUUAGCAGUGCAGGCGGGUACGGCGGGUACGGCAAAGGUUGCACAGCUAACUGGCGAGGACGUGUCGCCUCAUCAGCCUCCGUCGGCAAGCGACCUUCUAGCCCGCUGUGCUCGGCGCCUGAGAUCUCUGAUGCGCCACCAGCCCGCGCAAUUGUCUUACGCGGUUGCUGAUGUGGCAUUGUACUUGUCAGAGGCACACGAGGUGGUGACACGGGGCCUUGACGCACCAUUCUUCAGCCUUGAGGGCUAUGCGUGCGCGGUGUAUGGCAGCUUCGAGGGCUUUCUCAGGGAGAUAUCUCGCCAGCAUUUCGGCGACAGCUGGUGUUUUGAAGGUGGCCACUGCUCCUCGGAACCGCGGAUCAUGUUUCGGAGCCGCCGCCUUUCGGUGAAAACAGCGGCAGCCGCUUCGGCGGCGGCAGCGACACUGGCAGCCGUACCUGCGGUGACCCCGGCGGCGACCCCAACGUUAAGUUGA